CUCUCUUUACUUCUUCCUUUCUGAAAAGAGAAAAGUAGAGAAGAAGGCAUAUGCACAGAGAUGGGCCCUGCGAGCACAGGCAGAAGCGGCCUCCGGCUAGAAAUCAGCCUCGUCCUUUUCCAUGUCGGUGUGCUGGGCGCCUGUACUGUGUCUGUGCUACAGCCAGCUUACCUAGAGGUGGACCACGGUUCUGAGGCUGUCACCAUGGAGUGUACCUUCUCUACAACUGGAUGCUCUCUGGUGCAACCAAAAGGCUUAUGGUUUCGCUGUGGCACUCAUCAGCCUGAAGCUCUGUGCUUGGAUGGAUGCAGAAAUAAGGCGGACAAGUUCACAGUGAAAGAAACCCUGGACCACAACCAAGUCUCCCUCACUGUUAACAGGCUGUCUCCAAACGACAGUGCAAUUUACAUCUGUGGAAUAGCAUUUCCCAAUGAAAAGGCACCGAGCGCUAAACAGACUGGAAAUGGGACUACACUAGUGGUGAGAGAAAGACUUUUCAGCAAGGAGGUGCACAGUCUCCUGAUAGUGCUCUUAGCACUGCUCUCUGUCUAUGUUGCCGGUGUAUGUGUGAUCGCCAUAGUCCUCCUCAAAUCAAAAUCUAACAGUCUAAGAAGCAGAGAAACCAAGGAAGACUCAAAAAAGAAGAGUGCUCGGCGCAUCUUUCAGGAAAUUGCUCAAGAAUUAUACCAUAAGAGAUAUGUAGAAACAAGUCAUCAACCUGAGCAAGACAGCACUUAUGAAAACAGAAAAGCACUCCCCAGCCCUGGAAGAGCAUAGAUGUGCUUACUUUUUACUUAACCCACUGACAGUGCAACUCCAGAGUCUACGGCAGUGUGAAUGGACAUACAGCAAUCAAGACAACACCAAAGAGAGCUGGUGUGUAGCUCGGCUGGCAGAGUGCUUGCCUGGUAGGCACGGAGUCCUAGCUGUGAUCCCCAGUGACACAUAGACUCAGCAAAGUGACACGAGCCUAUAUUCCAACAUUGUGAAGCAGUAUAAGGAGUCAGAAGUUCAAGGUCAUCCCUGAGUAUAGUAUGAACCUGAGGUCAGACACAUCUUGUCUCAAAAACAACCGCCACCACCAAAAGAAAAGGACAGGACAACUGGGAAAACAGCCGGCCACACCAGAAGGCAAAUCGGAAGUAGCUGUCACUAAAUGUAACUACAGAAAAGAAAACUCAACCGGAGGACCUUUUUUCUAAUUUCCCAGGAACAGUCUAAGGAGAAAAACUUCAUCUUAACAGUUUUUAAAAACUGUUAUGUGUAUCCUGUCAGACCACCCAACAUGAUAGAUGUAUCAUGGCCGUUAACUGGGAGAAGGCUUCAAGUUAAACCACAGAUCUCAGUUGUGAGGGGGAAUAAAUAAAUACCUUCCUGAGUUGUAGAAAUGAUGAAACAAUUAGAAUCAAGUGAGAAGGGAAAAGGAGGGAGAAGAGCAACUUCUGGGUAAGAGAAACUCAUUGUAAACAGCAUCUUGGAACAAAAAUGAUGCCUUCUGAUACUGUAACGGAGCAGUGGGCAGUGAAGUUCUCCAGCUGAGGUAUACAACACAACUUAGGUUGUACCACCAACAAAACAGCACUAAAAGAGAGAGAGGAAGACUAGAAAGAGGAAACCCAAAGCCUAUCAGAAAAUGCCUCAGGAAUAUAGACAGCUGACUCUAGAUGUCAGUGUGGUGCCAAAGAACUGCAGACCUAGUGAGCUUGAAAGGAGGGUCUGAUACGGCACGGUCCUCACUAUCUCACUAAGGUGACCUGAGCCAGGCAUGGUGGCACAUGCCUUUAAUCCUAAUACUAAGGAAGCAGAGGCAGGUAAAUUUCUGAGUUUCAGACCAGCCUGAUCUAUAGAUCAAGUUCCAGGAAAGCCAGGGCUGUUAACAGAAAAACACUGUCACAGAAAAAAGGGGGUGGGGGUGGGGGGGUUGAUAGGAUUGUUCUUUGAAUAUAAGUACCAACAAGCACACACUGCUCAUUAACCCAUCACAGUGUAUUAUCUAGUACAGUUGCUUCUAAACUAAAUGUAAAUGGCACACACUCUUAAAACAGAUACAGCCUUCAUACACUUUAAAGUCUCUUUGGAAGAGUCUGAAACUUGUGGCUCAAAUCAGUGCUACCCUAAUAACAUGUGUCCCAAAAACUGGAGAGGAAGAAAUGGAUAACCUCAUUUUAUUUGCAUGCACUUGAACACACACACACACACACACACACACACAGUGUGAUAUACUCUGCAAUUUAUAUAGACAAAAGGAAUAAAAUAGUGGCAUACA